GUAUAGAAAGAGUUCCUUUCGUGCGGGUAACAUUUUUCUAUUCGCGAUCGCGGUCAAACUCCGAACGAGACUCAGCGGGCCGAGAUCUAGGGAGACCCUCGCAAUGGAGAAGGCGAUCAACAGGCAGAGAGUUCUCCUUCAGCACCUCCUCCCUCCUUCGUCCGGUGAUUCCUCCGUGCUCUCGGCGUCGGUGUGCGCUGCUGGGGACAGUGCUGCGUACUCGAGGAACCCUAGCUUCGGCGAUGAUGUCGUCAUUGUUGCUGCUUACCGAACUGCAAUUUGCAAGUCCAAGAGAGGAGGCUUUAAAGAUACAUAUCCUGAAGACCUGCUGACUCCUGUUCUGAAGGCAGUGAUAGAUAAGACCAAACUGGACCCAAAGGAAGUUGGUGAUAUCGUGGUUGGUACAGUCUUAGCACCAGGUGCUCAAAGAGCAAAUGAAUGCAGGAUGGCUGCCUUCUAUGCCGGUUUUCCUGAAACUGUUCCAAUCAGAACUGUGAACAGGCAGUGUUCAUCUGGCCUUCAAGCAGUUGCUGAUGUUGCUGCUGCCAUAAGAGCUGGAUAUUAUGACAUUGGUAUUGGGGCAGGGUUGGAAUCCAUGACUGCAAACCAAGUUGCUUGGGAAGGAUCCAUUAACCCAAAAGUGAAGCAUUUCCAACAAGCUCAAGAUUGUCUUCUUCCUAUGGGAAUUACGUCUGAAAAUGUAGCCCAUCGUUUUGGUGUAACCCGACAAGAACAGGAUCAAGCUGCUGUUGAAUCUCAUAGGAAAGCAGCUGCAGCAACUGCGUCCGGUAAAUUUAAAGAUGAGAUUGUUCCUGUGAUGACAAAGAUUGUAGACCCAAAGAGUGGAGAAGAAAAACAAGUCACCAUAUCUGUAGAUGAUGGAAUACGUCCUGAGACUACAGUGUCGGGUCUGGCAAAGCUUCGAGCAGUAUUUAAGAAGGAUGGGAGCACAACAGCUGGCAAUUCAAGUCAGGUGAGUGAUGGUGCUGGAGCAGUUCUGCUCAUGAGGAGGGAUGUAGCAAUGCAGAAAGGGUUGCCUAUACUUGGCAUAUUCAGGAGCUUUGUUGCGGUCGGGGUGGAUCCUGCUAUUAUGGGUAUUGGUCCUGCUGCUGCAAUCCCUCCUGCAGUUAAAUCUGCUGGUCUUCAAAUUGAGGACAUUGAUCUUUUUGAAAUAAAUGAGGCCUUUGCCUCCCAAUUUGUGUACUGCUGCAAAAAGUUGGAGAUUGAUCCUGCUAAAGUAAAUGUAAACGGCGGCGCUAUUGCUCUUGGACAUCCACUUGGUGCAACAGGUGCACGCUGUGUUAGCACUCUGUUGAAUGAAAUGGGACGCCGAGGGAAAGACUGUCGCUUCGGAGUUGUAUCUAUGUGCAUAGGCUCUGGGAUGGGAGCAGCAGCAGUGUUUGAGAGAGGUGAUGCAGUGGACCAGCUGAACAAUGCUCGUAGGAUCCAGUCAAACAACUUGCUGUCAAAAGAUGCCAUGUAGAGCUUCUACUUCACCUAGAUCGAUGAUCUGAGAUCGCUCUGAAAGGUUAUCAGUCAGGGUUGAAGAUUUACAGAGGUUGCAAGCUUUGGAGUGGUUGAAGUUACAUGCAGUUGUUGCUGGUAAUAAGGUAGCUUGGUACUUCCAGGUUGAUAGAUUCAAGGCCUGUUGAUUCAAAGGAAUUGUCAAAUUAAAUGUAAUAACAAUAUCUGAGGUACACAAAUAUGUUACCUAAUAAAGGGUGAUAAGUUUGUCCGCAAUUUGUUACAAAGUUCUGCAACUAUAAUUAUUCUUUAA